GAGAACAUUAUUAGUACAUUCUAGUACAUGGGUGAAUGGUUCCGCCUAUAUAAACAGGACUUUUAGAAACUAAGCUAAAACCAGAACUGAGUUGUGGAUAGAAUGAUAUAACAGAAAAACACAAAAAAAGUAUUUCACUAUUUGUUCAGUUAAAAGUUUUCAUUCAACAUGAAAACUACAUUGUUUUUUGUGUUUGUACUUUGGAAUACUUGUUUGAUCACAUCGCAUAAAAUUCCAGCAAAGUAUUUGCGAGAUGCAAAAUCUGAAAAUUAUUUGAAUGAACUUGAACAGCUACUAAAAGAACAAGAAUAUGAAGAUCAAGAUCAAAGUGAGACCGAAGAAGGAAUGGAGACUUCCUUGGAGACAGAAGAAGGAAUGGAGACUUUCUUGAAGACAGAAGAAGGAAUGGAGACUUCCUUGGAGACAGAAGAAGGAAUGGAGACUUCCCAGGAGACAGAAGAAGAAAUGAAAGCACAAGAGAAUAAAAUGAAUCAGGAUGAACAAGAAUAUAGUGAUGCCGAAGACAAAAAGGAAAAGGAUCAAGAGAAUUCGAAUGAAAAGGAGAUGAAUGAGAUUGAUAAGCUACAGGGGAGACAGGUAAAAUUUGGUCAAAAGUUGCCUACAUCCGAAACACGUCUUGAUAGACCUGACAAGUCUCAAGAAUACAUGCCAAUAUUUACUGAUAAAGAAAUGUUGUUGAUAGAGAGAAAAAUCAAAGAUUGGAGAAAAGGAAACGAAGAGGAAAAAGAAGAAGACACAGAAGAAUUACCAAUAGACAAUCCGGAGAAUAUUGAUCCAAAUGACCCUUUAUCUAACCUACUUGAAGGCAUGGAAAUCGAGAACAAGGGGAAACUACAUCUUGUUCAGGGACUUCAUCCAGAAGAUAGUGCUAAGACGUUCGGUGAUUCACACGACUCACAUAGACUUAUACCAGAACAGAUAGCUAAACUUGAAUUAAAAAAGACGGUCGAAUCAGACAUCAGAUAUAGAAAUUUUGAUACUGAUACAGAUUAUCUUUGGAAAGACGGAAUUGUUCCCUAUAGGAUAUAUAACAUGUCUACAAGCUCUGUAACAGUUAUCGACAAAGCCAUUCAACAAUUCCAUGACUUUACAUGUAUUAAAUGGAUAUCAACCACUGAUACCCUGUUUAACCCAUCAGCACUUGGACACCAGAAUUUCGUAACAUUUAUAAAUGAACAAGGUUGUUGGUCCUAUGUAGGCAAUGUUUUUCUUAAUGGACAGUACCUAAGCUUACAAGAACCAGGUUGUGUUAGUGUCAGUACAGCUGUGCAUGAAAUGUUACAUGCAAUGGGAGGACAUCACGAACAAUCUAGAAGUGAUCGUGAUAAUUACGUAACAAUUGAAUGGCCAAACGUACAGCAAAGGUGGAAUGGACUGACAUGGGUGAGAAAUAACAACAUGGAGAAGUAUAACACACAAGACAAUAACCCUUAUGAUGCAGAAUCAUCUAUGCAGUAUAGUUUGUUUGCUUUUUCCACGAAUGGCAAACAAACUAUCAAGUUUAAAGAUCAAAGAUUAGAGUUUUUGGCUGAUUCAGCUGAUGGUCUAGAGUUCUAUGAUAUACAAGAUGUUACAGAUGCAUAUAAAUGUGCAGAUCACUGCACUAACAGACCUAACUGUCAGAAUGGCGGUUUCGUCAAUUUCCAAUGCACAUGUACUUGUCCAGAACACCUGACUGGUGCUACCUGUGAACAAACGGUCUCAAAUAGUCAAACGUGUGGUGGUGUUAUCACCCUUGGGGUAGGAGAGGAAAGAUUCAUCCAAUCACCAAACUAUCCAGCUAACUAUCCAACAGGGCUAGAAUGUACCUGGUUAAUAAAGGGAACUGCUAAUAAUAUAGUUCGAGCUUCAGUACAGUACAUGGAUAUAUCUUCUGAUGCUGCAUGCAAUCAUUGGUUGGAGUAUAGAUAUAAUUUAUUGGGACAGAAAGGCCCAAAGAAAUGUGGUACAAACUUUGUGGCGGAUGCAGAGAUAUGGGACAGUACACUAGAUGAGUUGAGCAAUGCCAUGAUGAUUAUAUUUGACAGUAACACAUUCUCAACAAAACCAGCUGCAACAGGAUUCUCCAUUAAAGUUCAAUCAAUUGGAAAAGGAUGUGUCAAUGCCCCUUGUGUAUAUGGAACGUGCAAUAGUCUUGAGGGUACCAGUGGCUAUACAUGUACAUGUAACCAAGGUAUAUCAGGGACAAACUGCGAUGUACUGACUACAUCCUCAGUAUUCGAGUGUUCGUUUGAAUAUGGAGAAAGGUGUAUUUUUGAGAAUGAGGCAAAUCAUCAGCUGAAUUGGGAAUAUAUGAAUAAAGGUACACCAUCACCCGAUACGGGACCAGAUGUUGCUCACAAAGGGUAUCAAUAUGUGUAUAUUGAGGCAACAGGAGCAAACAUUCAGGCUGGUGAUAAAGCUGUGAAAUCUACAAAUCUACAGCUACCUAAUGUCGACCACUGUAUGACAUUCUGGUAUCACAUGAAAGGAACUCAUAUGGGUACAUUAAAUAUAUACUCUGAGGGACAAAAUACAGCAAAGUCUAAUAUAUGGAGUCGAUCCGGAGCUCAGGGCAAUUUUUGGAUAAAAGGAGAAGUCAACGUACCUGCUAUGAUUGGUCGUAAGAUAUCAAUUGAAGCUGUUCGUGGAUCUUACUGGUCAAGCGACAUUGCAAUUGAUGAUAUUUCAUUAACCCCAGGAUCAUGCGCCAACCCAGCUUCAGUUGCUCCAACGAACUCACAAACUACAACGCAGCCGACUACAAUUACAUUUCAGCCAACAGGUGGCAGCCAAGCAUGUACAUUUGAGGUUGGUGCUUCAUGUUUUUUGGUUGAAGCUACUGAUGACGAGUUUGAUUGGACUCCUAAUUAUGGGGAAACUACAUCUUCGAAAACAGGACCAGCUUCUGCCUUUGAAGGUGUGAUGUACAAGUACAUAGAGGUAUCGUCCCCAGUGAGAAGCAACUCUGUUGCUAGAUUGAUGUCUUCUUCAUCAUUAAAUGGUGGUGAUCACUGUUUGACUUUUGCAUAUCACAUGUUUGGAGCAGAUACAAUGGGAGAUCUGAAAAUUUCAACAGGAGUUACAGCCCCUGAAAACGAACUUUUUAAACAAUCUGGUAACCAUGGUGACCAGUGGAAUAAAGGGAUGGUUGAAUUUACAUCUGGUGCUCGAAUGAAGUUAUUUAUAGAAGCAAACAAAGGAACUACAUAUCGAGGAGAUAUUGCUUUAGAUGAUAUUGAACUUAAAAGUGGAAACUGUUAUGCCAACCCAGUCACAAAUGGUCCAACAAACUCAUCAACUACAACUCGACAAACUACAACUAAACUAACUACAACUCAACCAACUACUACUAAACCAACUACAACUCAACCAAUUACAACUAAAACAACUACAACUCAACCAACAUCAACUAAAACAACUACAACUCAACCAAUUACAACUAAAACAACUACAACUAAACCAAAUCCAACUCAGCCUACAGAUUGCAGAUCAGAAUACAUAUGUGGAUUUGAAGGUCAAGGGAAGUGCGUAUUUGAAAAUAUUGAUCAGGAUGAUUUUGACUGGGAUUUUAAUACUGGGUCAACAUCUAGUUCCUCAACGGGUCCUGAUAAUGCCUAUGAAGGUUCUGGGUAUAUUUACACUGAGAUGUCUUCUCCACGUUCACUGGGGGACAGAGCUGUGUUGUCAACUGUUAAUACAAGACUAGCCGGUAAAAGUACACAUUGCUUACAGUUUUACCUUCAUAUGUAUGGUGAGCCUGGUAUGUUGGAUGUUAAAUAUGGUGAAAGUGGUGCUCUUUCAUCUGUGUGGUCAAUGUCCGGCGACCAAGGGGAUCAGUGGAAACAUCAUCAAGUGGAAUUACCACCUAGCUUCAGCAAUCCAGUGAUCUUAUUCGAAGCAUCUAGAGGCUCAUCAUUUAAAUCUGACAUAGCCCUUGAUUCAGUAAAACUUAGCGUUGGAGAAUGUCCCGCUAUAAGUGCCUGUAUCACAAACCCUUGUAUCAAUGGUGGUAGAUGUAAUGAGGAUGGGAGUACUGCUAGAUAUACAUGUAUUUGUAUGACAGGCUGGUCAGGAGAUUCUUGUGAUGUUAAAGAUUUAUCAAGUUUUAGUUGUGGAUUUGAGACUGAUGCACCAUGUAUUUUCAAGAAUUCAUCACAGGAUGAUUUUGACUGGACUUGGAAUUCUUUUACUACCCCAAGUCCAUAUACUGGACCCGAUAUAGCAGCUGUAGGAACUUACUACUUAUAUACAGAGGCGUCAGACCCUAGAAAGUUUGGAGAUAAAGCUGUUCUCACAACUGAAGCGACUAACUUACAAGUUGGAGGUUGGUGUCUGUCCUUCCAGUACCAUAUGAAAGGGAGAGGUAUUGGAACAUUAGAAGUAUUUUUUGGGGAUAAAACAUCCUCUUUGACAAGUAUUUGGAAAAAAACUGGAGAACAACCAGAUCCCGACCAAUGGAAAACUUCUACUUUAGAGUUACCACAAAUUACUAAUCCUGUUAUUACCAUAGAAGCGAGCAGAGGUUCGUCGUACAGUGGUGACAUUGCUAUUGAUGAUCUCACCCUCAAGUCUGGCGGAUGUUUUCCAGGAAAAUAGAAGAAAAAGAAAAACCUUGAAAUUAAGACUCAAUGGUUAUGUGAUAUUAACACAAAGAGCUUUCUCGACAAAAAUGACUUUAUGGUCAUGUGAUAUAAACAGUUACUUAUACAUUAUCUCUACUAACAGUUGUAUGAAAAAAUCCUAAAUAUAUAUAUAUAUAUUAAUUGUGUAAAUUAAUCACAAUAUACUUAUUAUCCGCUUUAUAUAAUUGAUGUGGGAAUUUCUAAAGUUUCAUUGCAAAAGGAUGAUCAACGAAACCAAGUACUAAGCUGAAAGCAAGUGUCAACAAACUUUGGGUUGUAUGUUCUUCUAAAACAAUCAUUAUACGAUUUUCAGAGUCGGGUUCGUGGUUUAUAAAUUUGAACAUUUCUUUCUUUAAAACAACGUAUACAGUGAUAUCAGAAAAUGAUGGAAAUUGAUUUAAAUUGUCCAAAAGUUUUGUGUUUACCAUGUAAUUUAUUAACACAUAUAUGAUAUAUAUGUUAUUGUUCUAAAUGUAUAAUUAUGUAUUCAGUAACCAUUAGUUAUUAGAAUAAAAAUGAUCAAUCAUA